CUAUAUACUCGUACAUACAUGUUACAGAGAUGAAUGAGAAAAUAUGUACAAAUCAGAAAAUUCUGAAAACUUUGAAGAUAUCGUUUACCGCCACCACCAGCAUUCAACUGUUGUAAACGAUGGUUAUUCACCAAACAGGAACUCUUUUAAUAGCACAACAAUAAACCAAAACGAUUAUGAAAAUAAACUGAAUAGGAAUAAGAGUCGCUCUGUAUAUAUACCGCGCACAAAUUAUGAAAAUACACCAAGUAACACAUCUUUACAUCGAAACCGCAGUUUAAAGGACCUUCAAAUAUAUAGUAAUAUUUGGCAAAAUCCUAUUAUUAACAGAGAGAAUUCGGUACACAAUUUACGCAGUCUUUUUGAAAAUUCAAUUACGCACGCCCCGAGAGAAAAGAAGCAUGUGCAAGAAGCUAGAAUGAGAAUACCCUUAAUAAAUAAAAACCAGGUACAGAAAAACCGAAGUUUCUUUGAAAAUUUAUCUUCAACUAAUGACAGUUAUCUUGAAAAUAAGCACAAGAAAUAUGAUGUACUGCAAUCAAAAGUUUUAUCUCAAAAUACUAAAGAGAAAAAAGAAAAUGAUAAUUCCAACUCCUUUAGUUACACAAACAGAAACACUCUUCCAAGAACUUUACAUCUAGGUGAUUACGAUUGUAAAGAGACACAGAAACAAGCACAACUAAUUGAUGGCUCGAAAACAACAAACGUAAACCAUAAAGCGCCAAAAAAAGUUAAUAAUAUUUAUAGGACUCUUAGCACCAGUCCAUCGGGUCUACCAAAUAAAGGAGGACAAUCAUUCGAUAAUAAUAACUUGCCUAUCAACAAAAGCACUUAUUAUUUAGAAAUUAAAAACAAAGAUAAAAAAGUCGAAAACAAAGGAUUUCAAAAUAAGGCAAAAAAUGAUAACGAACAAGAAAUUACAAAACCUCAGCCUUCCUUUCUUGCUAAUAGAUACUUUGAUAAAUCACAGAACAAGAACAAGGAAAAUGAUAACCGAAAAAAGAAAUCGUCAGGUGAAAUUAUAACUCCAGUAUUGUUAACAAAUAAUCAAAAUUUUCAGAAAAAUGAAAACACUGUUAACAAGUUUGAUAACAGCAGUGGUACAACCGACUUUCAAAAAAUACGCAUUAACAAAAGGUUUUUUAAAAAGAAACCUGAAACAAAUGACUUAGGACGUACGUUUGAAGAUUUAACUGCAGCCGAUUUAAUAUUAAAUUUUGUUUGUGAUGAGAAAAUUAAAAAUUUUCACCUUUCUUCUAAUGAUACAGAUUUUGGCAUUUUCGAUGACGUAGUUUUCACUACAGAGUCUUCAGAGUUUCCGAUUCGUACAUACUUAAUGCAAUUAAAAUAUUCCAAUAAACAUAAUGUACUCUCAAAAAAUAGUCUUACUGGAAAAAAAAGUCAAGGUAAAGAAAACAGUGGAAAUUUCAGUUUGCCCAAAUAUUGUAAAGAGUACCAAAAGCUAAAAAAUAAAUUAGAAAAUUUUACAGCAGUUCUGUGUACAAAUCGAAAAUUUAAUUGCAAAGAUAAUGAAAAAAUUACUGUUUACGAUGAAAGUGGUGAAAUAAUUGUAAGAAUUAAAAGAUGCAAAAUAGAUCUAUCGGCUCUUUUAUUCAAGAGAAAUAACAACGAAGAAUGUAAUUGUUACAAAUUCGAAGUGGAAACACCAUCAAAUUCAGACAACAUAAGAAAAUAUAUUGAAUUUUUUCAAAAUUUUUUUCUUAUAACAGAUCAAAUGGAUGUUUCCAAACUUCGAAACAAUUUGUGGCAAACAUUUCAACAAAAUAUAUCUAAUGAUAAUGAAGCGUUUCAAAAAUAUUUAAACUUUAUUUCGCAAUGGAGUGAAAACGCUGGUUUGAAAAAUAAACUCAACAAAACAUUAAUACAGCAAGUUAUUGCUGAACACUUGUUAACACCCUAUAUACAUUUUUAUUCCUUUAAUAAGACAGGUGAAAUUAGUAAAAGACUAAAUUUGCUUAAACAAGCAAUUUGUUUGUUUAAAGUAACAGUAAUUAAUAAAGAUUAUUGUCAUGAAAUAAACUCAAUGUGGCAAGAUGCAAAGUCCGAGUUGUUAUCUUCAAAAAAUCUUAAAACGAACCUAAAUUGUUAUCAAAUUUGUUCCAAAAUAGAUCUAAAUGAUUUAAGCAAUGAAGAGUUGACAAAAUUGUUAUGGCAUUUAGGUAAAAUUCCAUUAAUGAUCGACAAUCAAAAAAACGCUUUAGAUGCAAUAAAAUUGUGUGAACAUGCAAAUGUAAGUUUUAUUUUAUUUAAUCCAAUAUCGUAUCGUGGAUUUGAUACAUUUGAAAACGUGAAUAUUUUAAAAUAUAAAUCACAUGAAAUUUAUAGCAACAUUUUGAGACACCUUAGUUGUAAAUUACAAAACAGAACAAUUUUGUUGGAAACGCUUGUAAGUAACUACGAAAAUGUAGCAAAAUGUCUAAGUCCAAGUGAUCUUAUGUCAAUGAUAAAACAAACAUUUGAAAUUGGUGAACCAGCCGAGGUCUUACCACCUUCGUAUAUCACACGAUUUUUACAAAAAAUUAUUAUACAUCCAGAUUUUCUGAACAACUGUGAUGAGAACACUCGCAUACUUAUAAGUUGCUACAAGGAAAAUAAUGAUGUAAUUAAAGACACAAUUUCAAAAUUCAAAUUAUUUAACAUUAACAAAGAGGAAUUAUCUAAGAAAAGUGCAAAAAACAAAACAAUUUUUAUAAGUGAAAUGGAGUGUUCCCACGACCAGUUUGAAAAAAUUUGUAAUCUUGAUAAAAAAUAUGAAUGUCAUCAACUUAGACUCGACCCCAAUGACGGAUUAGAGUGGGUAAAAAGUAGCAAGAGUAUCAACGACAUUUCUAAAUUUCAAUUACCGGGUCAAUAUUUUAUUUCAGAAAAAGAUUUAUUUGUCUAUGAACAAGACAAUAACAUUAAUAUCAUUUGUGAUGAGCCAGGAAUUGGUAAAACUUCUUUGAUGAAAAGUGCCAAAAAUUAUAGUGGUUCGCCUGAAUAUUGGACCAUUUUUAUAACAGCAAGGAACCUUUUUACAUAUUUUCUGAAAAACAAAGACAAUAUACGAGAAUUUAAAGAGUAUAUUGUGCAACAAACAAGUUCCAAUAUUCACUCAAAUAUUUUAGAGUCAUUUAUGAAAAAGAAACGUGUCAGACUUAUUUGGGAUGGUCUAGAUGAAGUUUCUGACAAAAAUCUUGAGUACAUAAUUCAUAUUAUUUCAGAACUUUCUCAACAAAACUUCCAGCAGUGGAUAACAGCGCGAACCAAUUUAAAAUAUAAACUUGAAACCGAAUUCAAUGUUUGUUCGAGAACAAUAAAAACUUUUAAUGAAAAAGACCAAGAAGACUAUAUUCAAAGUCGUGUUAAAUAUACAUCAGAAAGUUUACGUCAAUCACUAUUGCAAAACAGAAAAAAUAUACAAUUACUUUGGAAUAAUGAAUUCUUAGGAAUUCCUUUGCAAAUGUUUAUAUUGACAGAGUUGUUACUCCAAGAUUCAAAAAAAUAUAGUUUUUUAUUUGAAGAAACGUUUACAGUAACAGUUUUGUUUGAACACUUUGUUAAUACAAAAUUAGAUUUUGUGUUUAAAGAUAAAGAGUUAUACCCUAAAAAUGACGUCGAACAUCAAAUCUUUCUGGAAUCAAAGGCUACACAAAUUGAUAUUUAUGAAAAAAUUGCCGCAAAAAUGUAUGUAGACAUUGAAACAAAUGAAUUUCAUGUUUCAAAUUUUCUGACAAAACUUACAUCUAAAAAAGAUGAGUUCGGAAUUAUAUUAAGAAUAACACCAGAUAAUAAACCAGAAUUUUUUCAUUCGUCAUUUCAGGAAUAUUUUACAGCGUCUUACUUAGUCAAAAAUUUACACCGCAUCAACGAGUUCCGUGAUGUAAUUUUUAACAAUCGGGGUGUUCGGUAUUUUUUUGAUUUAAUUUUAGCGAAAAAUUCUACACCACACAUUGCAGUUUUGUAUAAAAAUAAAAAUCUUUUGGAGCGAUAUAUUCGCACAGAUCGUCAAGCACUCAGUCAAGCAAAAGACGAAGGUGGUCGAAAUUUGUUGCAUUUGGCCUGCUCGUGGGGCCAAACAUUUUUGCCUUUAAGAGUUAAAAAUUCAGAUGUUUUUGAAAUUGAUGACAAAAUUAUGUUUUGGCACAACUUGAAAGACAACUCAUCCGAAAACAUUAAUAUUUUAAAAAGUGUACAAAAUAUUUGUGACCCUUUAGAGAAAGAUAAGCUGUUUAAUUUAGACGCGUUUGGUUACUCUUGUGAAGCACAUUGUUUUCUAUCAUUUGCGUUAUUACAAAAUAAAAGUAAAAUUGACUUAGAGAAAUAUAAAAAAGAGAUAGGUAAUUUCGAAAGUUAUGUUUUUUCCAUCUUAUAUUACGCUAUAAGGCUAGACUGCGCCAAUGUAUUUGAUAACUUUGAAGAAAUUCCUCUUGUCAAAAGCAUGCAUUUUAAUGCUUCUCUUUUGUAUUUAGCAGUUUGGUAUAAUAGUGUUAAUUGUUUAGAAAAAAUGUUAUCAAAUUCAAAUGAUAAUCCCUAUAUAGAAAUUAUAAAAAAAAGCACUGAGCCUUUGUUAAUAGCUGCUAUUGAUAAAAGUUAUACUAAAUGUCUUAAUAUUUUACUUGCACAUGGGGCUAAUUUAAAAUCUGAAAAAGACAACAGUCCUGAAAAAUUAAAAUGGCAAUCAAAGACCACAAAACGCAAUAUGACAAUUCAUUAAUUUACUUCUUUAUUUAAUAAUAGUUUAGUAAAAUACCAUUUUUUUUAUAUAUACUGCAUAACGUAAUUUUAUAUGUGUUAUUGCUUUAGGAAUAUAACAAUAACAAAACUUUUAUAUUUUAAAGGUCAAUUUUUUCAAAUUCUAAACCCUACUUUACUAGGAACCAAAACAUCAGACCAUAACGACUAACCGUGAAG